AUUAACAAGAGUCUGUUUCCAGAUCAUAAAUACAAUUUUGAUAUUACGACUGAAGAUGACGUAACUACUUAUGAAUUCCCGUACGAUUAUGAGAGUGUAAUGCAUUACUCGAUGACUGCAUUCUCUAUAGGUAGAGGUCUUCCGACAAUAAUACCUAAGGAUUCUAGUGUGGUGAUUGGUCAAAGAGAUCACAUGUCAUAUUACGAUAUACAGAAAUUGUUAAUUGCUUAUAAUUGCAAUGCCAACUCUAGAAUGUAUAAUAAUACACAACUUACAAGAAGAAAUUUAUCUAAAAAUUCAUCUAAAAGCAAUCACAAAAUAAUAAACUUGUGUUUAAAAACAGAAAUAAAAAUGCAAGUGCCAAUUGCUAGUAUACAUAAUUCAAAAACACACGAAGAAAAAAAUAUGUCUCAAGAUCAAUCAAUAGAUUUAAGUAAUUUCGAAUAAUUUUUCCUAGAUUCUGUACACUGUAUUCAACCUAAUAAUUAUCUUAUAUGCCUGAAUCCAAUAUAUUUAAAUUGUAUAAAUUUCUAUUUUCAUAUAAAAUACAAAAAUAUUUGGUAA